AUGACUGCAGAGGAGCAGUAUUGUGAAGAUAUUUUUGUAAAAACGACGAAAAGAGAAGCGGAUGGGCGUUUUGUCACGUCGAUUUCAUUUAAAGACGGACAAGAGCCAAAGUUCGGUGACUCAAAAAAAGCAGCGUUGGCAACUUUAUUUCAAUUAGAAAAACGCUUCGAAAAACAUCCAAAUGUGAAGCAACAACAUGUGGAGGCAAUGACCGAAGCAAUUGCGAGCGGUCAUAUGGAAUUAAUGGAAAAUGUGCCAGAGCAGGCAUAUUACGUGCCUCACCAUGCAGUUUUAAAACAAAGUUCAACGACUCAAUUGCGACCGGUGUACAAUGCAUCGAAAAAAUCAUCAAAUGGAUUAUCAUUAAAUGAACAAGUUGCAAUAGGCAAAAUGGAUCAACCUGACAUGUUGACAAUUAUUCUUCGAUGGCGAAUUUUUAAAAUUGGAAUUUUAGCUGACUUGGAAAAAAUGUAUAAGGAAGUUAAAAUUCCACCAGAGCAAUAUCAUUUGCAGUUGAUAUUGUGGCGUGGAAAUCCAAACGAAAAAAUCAAAACGUAUGCGAUGACAACAGUAACAUUUGGAGUCGCACCGUCACCGUAUUUGGCAAUUAGGCUGAGUCCAAAUGCUCGGCCAUAA